AUGCAAGAUUUGGUGCUGUUGCAUAUCUAUACUGAACGACGACAUUUCUUAUUUGUAGCUGAUCUAUGUUUACCAACUGUUAAAAUAUUGAAAUUUCACGAUGAAUGUUAUGAUUGGGUACCUUAUGAAGAUUUGAAACAAUUAUUUCCCAUAUUUCCAAAUCUUACUGAAUUAUUAAUUAAUCGUUACGAUCUUGAAAAUGCAGCAAGUUAUCUAUAUGAGCAUGAUGGAGAUAGAGAUCUUUUACAAUUGAAACAUUUACACACGUUUACUGUAGAGACCGACGACACAUUUCAAGGAUCGAGCGAACUGAGUGAGGAGGCCAAUGAAUUUAAAAAAUGUUUUCGUAAACGUUUGUCAAAAAUAGUUUUGGGUUGGAUUACGCCUAAUGGCAAAGAAGAAGACAACGACGAUGACAAUACUGAAGAGGACGCCGAUGAUGGUGAUGAUGAAGAAGACUAA